GAAACAAAUAUUUGACAACAAGACGAUUCAUCCCCGCCUACGAACGCUACACUUCGACAAUCGGGAAAACUCCCUAAAACACUGAAUUCUCAUCUGCUUCUCAAAAAUCAAGCCAGAAGAAACUUACGUAGCAAGAGAAAUAUUGUUUAAAACUAUUUGCCAUUCCUCUAUAUGGAUAACUAAUUGGACUGCUUUCGAGCAUAGCGUAAAUUUAAUCUACAGACCAGUACUACACAGUACUAAAUAUGGAUUUCAACGUCAAAAGGUUAGCAGCCGACGCUGGUACUUUAUUUAGUCGUGCGGUUCAAUUUACAGAGGAAAAGCUUGGGCAAGCUGAAAAGACAGAGUUGGAUGCUCAUCUGGAGAACCUGCUAUGCAGAGCAGAAUCCACCAAGCAAAAUACAGAGAGGAUCUUGAAGCAGACCGAGGUUCUACUACAGCCAAACCCAAAUGUCAGAAUAGAGGAAUUUCUGUACGAGAAACUGGAGAAAAAGGUCCCCUCGCGGAUGAACAACCAUGAGACGCUUGGUCAGUCCAUGAUAGAAUCCGGCAAUGAGUUUGGGCCAGGAACAGCCUACGGAAACGCUCUUAUAAAAUGUGGCGAGACAGAGAAACAGAUUGGAGGAGCUGAAAGAGAGUUCAUCCAGAGUGCUGCCGUUAACUUUCUUACACCGUUCCGGAACUUUCUAGAAGGCGACUACAAAACCAUCCUGAAAGAACGGAAGCUUCUGCAGGUAAAGCGCUUAGAUCUGGACGCCGCAAAAACCCGACUAAAGAAAGCCAGAGUGGGCGAUGCUAGAGCAGUGGCAGAGCAGGACCUGAGGAUGUCGCAGAGUGAGUUUGACAGACAGGCUGAGAUCACCAGGCUGCUCCUGGAGGGUGUCAGCAGCACCCACGCACAUCACCUCCGCUGUCUGAAUGAUUUUGUGGAGGCCCAGACAAUAUACUAUGCCCAGUCUUACCAGUACAUGGUAGACCUUCAGAAACAGCUUGGCAGCUUCCCGUCUACAUUUUCCUCCAACAACAACCAGUCGGCCGGUUGUUCGGGGGGGGCCAGUAUCUCCGUGCCCACCAUCGCAGUGUCUGCCUCCCUGCCAAGUCCCUCCGCUGGUCGGGGCUCCACAGGCUUCAGUGAACUGCGGAGCUCAAGUGGCAGCCGCAAGGCCCGCGUCCUGUACGACUAUGACGCUGCAGGCAGCAGUGAGCUCUCCCUGCUUGCUGAUGAGGUCAUUAUGGUGAGCAGUGUCCCAGGUAUGGACUCUGAUUGGCUGAUGGGCGAGAGGGGCAGCCAGAAAGGAAAAGUGCCCAUCACCUAUCUGGAACUGUUGAACUGAGAUUAACUGAAAGCUGUCGGUGGGAGAAAAUCCUAGAGUAGCAGAUUCACAGUUUAUAUUAUAAUGAUGGAGAAAGCCAACCUGCCCCUGGUGAAGUGGCAGUGGGAUCUCCUAUUUAUACUGUAUAUUAGGGGAUGGGAGCUGAUUUUGUCUAUUCAGUUCAUCAAGACAAUUCUAAAUCCAUACAAAACUCUCAGAAAAUGAAAAAUCUUGAAUUGAAUAUCAGUUAGUUGGAUGGAUUAACUGAACUGAUCCUAUCCCUGCCAUGUAUGGAAAUAUGUUUAUACAAGCCGCUUCGAUGUCUCUGUUUUGCUCUCAAUGCAGUCUUCAUUGCAUUUGGCAGGUUAGCAUUUCUCUUGAUCUAGUUCCGCAGGAAGCUUCGCCUUGAUCCUUCCCCAGUCACAUUGUUUCUGCCAUUGGAGUAGAGCUGCCUCCACAACUAAGCUUAUGACAAAUGCUAACCUUCUUCAAUACGUGCCAUUUUUACAUUCAAUCCUUUUGUUUACAAUAUACUUAACUUGGAUGAUCUUAAAGUGCUUUUUGAAAGGAUUCUCAUUGCCAGUUUUGUCUCAAUUUGUUAUAGGGUUGAAAUGCUAGUAGGCAUGUUUUCUUUAGUUUUUGCAACAUAACAAAAAGCACUUGAAUUUGCUUAGAAUGACUGGAAAUCAAGAUAUAUUUUUUUUAAAGUUGGAUUUUAUGGCCUUUGUGUCAUUGUUGGUUUAGCUAUUGGUUGCCUAUGUGUCAAUUCCAGUGCCAUGUGAAAUUGACAACCUUCUUCAGUUGAACCAUUAUGACAUUCAGGAUUCCAAAACCUUCCUGGAAAAUUCCAUUUGAUUUACAGUGUGCAGUCAGAAUGGGAAAGGUUUGACAUUGCAUUACGGUUUUCUGUGCUACUUAAAAACUUUCUAUUGAAGACAUCGGGAGAUGAAUAUCUGGGGUAGAGUAUGGUCAGUGUUAGUUACAAAUGCCUGUACUUUAACUACACAAUAAAGUAUUUGUCAAUGAGAAAAUAUUUCUAACAAUCCUCUUUAAUGUCCAAAUAUAAUCAAUGUUUCAUCUACAUGAUCUGGUAAACGGGCCAACAAUUUCACCAGGAACAUUGGAGUAUUUUAUGAACUUUAAGUAUCACAGAAUCUUUAGGUAAGCCACAAUGCUUUUUUAAAAACUUUCAGUAGUAGAACGUGAAGGAGUUUCAUCUGUUAGGAUUACCGAUUCUGAUUUGAUUAUGCCCUUAAAUGAAAAACCAGUUCAAAUGUCCUUGCUCCUUGUGUUUUUGCUUACAAUACUUUUGUUUACAGUACUUUGAUGGGUAACAGUGCCUUAAUGGAAAGCAAGAGGCGGUCUUCAGUUUUCUUUACUAACAUGUAGUGAGUAUCCAACCACGUUCCCUGUUAAACCUAUGACCUCAAACAUUCACAUAACACAUGCACCUCUAUGGGGGUCGGGGGGUCAAUUAUACAAUGGCUUGUUGCUGCUUAUUGGAAUUUGUUAAACUAUCAUCAUAGAACUGUAAAGAAUAUAUGCAAUAUGAUGAAAUAAAGUAAGAACAAUUUG